AUGCUGGCCUCCAAGGAACUCGCCAGUUUGAACAGCGCCAGUAACAAGCGCAUUGUGCGAAACUUCACGGCGGACAGCUCAAAUAUUCGGUCAUGGACGGGCUAUCUAGUACCGGAGGAACCUCCCUACAAUAAAGGUGCAUUCAAAAUUGAACUGAGUUUCCCGGCCGAAUAUCCAUUCAAACCGCCGAAACUUGUAUUCAAAACACCUAUUUAUCAUCCGAAUAUCGACGAGCACGGUCGCAUUUGUUUGCCCAUCAUUCAGCCGGACAAUUGGAAACCUGCCACCAAAAUAGAACUCGGUAAGUUUCAUUUCACAACCCGGAAAAUCGAAUCAACUAUUUGGGUUUUUUAA